CAAACCCUUUGCAUAAGAAAUAUCUCCCAUUUGUGCACACUCCUUCUUUCUUGGUUUUAUAUAUAGGCAACAAAAAUGAAUGCCUCUCCCUCACCAUGAUUCAUGAUUUUAUAAAGACCCAUUAACGCUUUUGUAGGAUUGGAACAGAGAUCAAAGAAACAGAAAAAGUAGAAAAAAGAAAAAGAAAAAAAAAAAGAAAAAAGAAGAAGAAUCAAUGGCAUCCUCUGCCUGCACCAAACCCAUCUUCCCCUCAUCCUUCUCCCUUUCUUCUUCCUCUUCUUCAGAAUCAAAGUCAAAACUUUCUCACGUGUCGUUCAUCAACACCAUACCCAUCUACGGAAAACUUUCCCAUGCUAGCUCCUCCAAACGCUCUUUGACGGUCAACAGUGUUUUGAAAACAGUUGACCCGACAGCAACCUCGGUUGGGAGCUCGAAGUCCGAGGAUGUUGGGUUCUUGGGUGAAAAGCCGACGAUCUUGGUCUCCGAGAAACUUGGAGAGGCGGGGCUCCAGGUGUUACGCAGUGUGGGGCACGUGGAAUGCGCGUACGAGCUCUCGCAGGAGGAGCUCUGCACCAAGAUCUCGUGCUGCGACGCUUUGAUUGUGAGGAGCGGAACCAAGGUGACGAGGGAAGUUUUUGAGGCUGGAAAAGGGAGGUUGAAGGUGGUGGGAAGAGCCGGUGUGGGCAUUGACAACGUGGAUCUGCAAGCUGCCACUGAGUUUGGCUGCCUCGUCGUGAACGCGCCCACGGCCAACACUAUUGCUGCCGCCGAGCACGGCAUCGCUCUUCUCGCCGCCAUGGCCCGCAACAUUGCCCAGGCUGACGCCUCCACGAAAGCUGGAAAAUGGCAGAGAAGCAAGUAUGUGGGAGUUUCAAUGGUUGGAAAGACAUUAGCAGUGAUGGGUUUUGGAAAAGUUGGAUCUGAAGUGGCGAGGCGUGCAAAAGGGUUGGGCAUGCACGUGAUUGCUCAUGACCCUUAUGCUCCGGCUGAUAGAGCCCGUGCUAUUGGUGUGGAACUUGUGUCCUUUGAUCAGGCUAUCGCCACUGCAGAUUUCAUCUCCCUCCACAUGCCACUCACUGCAACCACUAACAAGAUCUUCAAUGACGACACAUUUGCCAAGGUGAAGAAGGGAGUUCGCAUCGUCAACGUUGCUAGAGGAGGAGUUAUUGACGAAGAUGCAUUAGUAAGAGCCCUUGAUAAUGGAAUCGUUGCACAGGCAGCUCUUGAUGUCUUCACGGAGGAACCCCCAUCCAAAGACAGUAAGUUAGUGCACCACGAGAAUGUCACUGUUACCCCUCAUCUUGGAGCUAGCACCAAAGAGGCACAGGAGGGUGUUGCUAUUGAAAUAGCAGAGGCUGUGUUAGGAGCAUUGAAAGGGGAACUCUCAGCAACUGCUGUCAAUGCUCCAAUGGUUGCUCCUGAGGUGUUGUCAGAAUUGGCCCCAUAUGUGGUGCUAGCUGAGAAGCUGGGGAGACUUGCUGUGCAGUUAGUGUCUGGAGGAAGUGGGAUAAAAUCUGUGAAGGUUGUUUAUCGAUCAGCCAGAGGCCCAGAUGACUUGGACACUAGACUUCUGCGAGCCAUGGUUACAAAGGGCAUCAUUGAGCCAAUAUCAAACACCAUUGUGAACCUCGUGAAUGCAGAUUUCAUAGCAAAGCAGAAAGGGCUUCGCAUAAGUGAGGAAAGAGUGGUUGUUGAUUCAUCUCCUGAGCAGCCUGUUGAUUCGAUCCAGGUACAGAUCUCAAGUGUGGACUCCAAAUUUGCAAGUGCAAUAUCAGAGGGUGGUCAUAUCAGCAUAGAUGGAAAAGUGAAGUUUGGUGACCCUCACCUGACAUGUGUGGGGUCUUUCGAUGUGGAUGUGAGCUUACAAGGGAAUCUGAUCCUGUGCCGACAGGUGGAUCAGCCCGGCAUGAUUGGUCGUGUCGGAAACAUUCUUGGUGAGCAAAAUGUGAAUGUGAGCUUUAUGAGUGUGGGAAGGACAUCCCGCAGGAAGAAGGCUAUCAUGGCUAUUGGUGUUGAUGAAGAACCAAACAAGCAGGCUCUUGACAACAUUGGAGCUGUGCCUGCCAUUGAAGAGUUUGUUUUUCUGAAGCUGUAGUAGUUACUAAUGAUGAUAUAUACAUAAAUAAUGAGUAUGUAUGGAUUUUGAUCAAAGUAAAAUAGCUACUCCUGGUUAAAAAGAAAUGUUUUUUUUGUUUUUUUUUUAACAAUUCUCUAGUUUGCUGCUCUUCGAGUGCACUUGCACUUCAUCUAGAUCUGUUUUUACUUAUUGGUGGACUAAACAUGGAUGUAAUAUAUGCUGUUUUGUAUUUGGAUUGGAUGAUUUUGAGAAUAAAACUAGUUGUUUGCAGCUA